GCGUAAGAUAUUCUUUCUCGCCCGGCCGACUUCCGUCAGAAAUCCGCCAGUCCACCUCCAGCCUCCUCCGUCCGCGCCGCUCCAGGUCCUCCGUCUCCAAGACUCCAACUCGCGAUUCCAAGCUCUUGCAUCGAUGGUGGACUCGUGGUGGUCAUUAGUGGCGGCAGCUGUGCCAGCUGUACUAGCCGGCCAAGCUUUCAGGAUGAAGAAGAGACGUGACGAGGAACAGAGGCUGAAGAGGGCAAGAGGACGGGAAAAGAGCUCGGACGAAAUCUUUGUCUGCGAGAGGGUCUGUACCUCAAAGAGGAUGCUGAAGAAAGUCGGCACGUUUUCCAAAGACCCGACCCCCGACACUUGCGUCACUGUUUGCGGGGUCUCGGAGCUCGAUGCCUGCGCUGAUGCGUGCGCCAGAACAGUGUGCGUCAACCAGCACCAAGUGCCCCACUGGAAUGACGUCUGCCUCAAGAGGUGCCAGAGCGAGUGCCUCAGGCUCUCAAAGUCCUCCACAUUGUCUUGAUCAGCCCAUUCCUUUCUUUCAGAAUUCAUUCUGGUGUGAACUGGUAAUUAAAGAUCCUUCUUCUCUCUUGUUUUGUGGUAUGAUGAUGCAUUGUUUUAGUCCUCCCCUAUCUAAAUUUCAUACCAUGAGAAAGGGGAGGGGGGUGAUCUUAAAAGUUUCAUUAAGUAGAAAAAU